AUGAUCAAUGCUGUCUUGGUUUUCAAUAACAAUGGCCAGCCCAGGUUGACCAAGUUCUACAGCCAGCUGGAUACUGUCACUCAGCAAUCACUUCUCUCCCAGAUCUUUGCGCUGGUGUCUGCUCGCCCUGCGUCUGCCUGCAAUUUUCUUCCUCUUCCUCCUCUCCUGGCUCCCUCGGGUGCUACAACCUCUCCAGAUGCACCAGCUCAAAUCACAUAUCGCCAUUAUGCCACUCUCUAUUUCAUUCUGAUUUCCACCUCCACAGAGUCACCGCUCGCCUUAUUGGAUUUUAUCCAAGUAUUUGUCGAAGCUCUUGAUCGUCUGUUUGAGAAUGUUUGUGAGCUAGACCUCAUCUUCGGCUUCGAGACAUUGCAUGCAGUUCUCGGGGAGAUGGUGGUGGGGGGUGUCGUUGUCGAGACCAACCUGGACAAGAUUGUCGAUGGGGUCAGAACAAGCGAGGGCACCAAAGGCAAAAGAAAGGCGGUCAAUUCUCGCGAUUCAGGAGCAUCUCUCGGACGAGGCAGUGGCUUUGCCGCUCUAGGCUGGGCUACAGGCACGGGAAGCAGCUGGCGAUGA